AUGUACGAUGUCGUUAAGCCCCUGUCAAAGUAUUUACAAUUUAAGUCUGUUCGGAUUUAUGAUGUGAUCUUCACACUCCAUUCCAAGUGCACGGUGGUUAUACUGUUGACCUGUACAUUUCUUUUGUCGGCCAAACAGUAUUUCGGUGAUCCCAUAAUGUGCAUAAGCGAUGCGAAAGACAUGGGCUAUGUGAAUUCCUACUGCUGGACAAUGGGAACAUUUAUACUGGAGUAUAAUGACAUGAACUAUAGGCAAACGCUACUGGCAUAUUAUUCGAAAUAUGCCAAUGACUCGAAGAAGGAAAUUGCGGUUCGAAUUGCAGAAGGAGUUGGUGAGGAGAGCGAUAAAACAGAUCGUGUCUAUCUUCGCUAUUAUCAAUGGGUGAUUAUGGUAUUAUUGCUGCAAUCAUUAAUAUUCUAUUUUCCGUCAUUUCUAUGGAAGGUUUGGGAAGGAGAGCGAUUAAAGGAGUUAUGUUCGGAAAUUGGAAAUGCAAUUCUGCCCGAAGACGUCUAUGCGAACAAAAAGAAAAUGUUGGUUCGAUACUUCUCAGCCGAUUACAAGGAUGUUCAUUUCUGCUAUGUGGCUCGUUAUAUAUUUUGUGAAUCUUUGAAUUUUGUCAUCAGUGUAGUUAAUAUGAUUGCUUUGGACACAUUUCUAAAUGGCUUUUGGAGUAAAUAUAUUGAGGCUCUGGCUGCCAUACCAUACUACGAUUGGAACCGUUGGAAUGCCAUGACAUCUCAAGUAUUUCCCAAAAUAGCCAAAUGUCAUUUGGGAACAUAUGGUCCAUCUGGAUCCAUGAACACAUGGGACGUUUUAUGCAUUUUGCCACUGAACAUAUUGAACGAGAAGAUAUUUGCAUUUCUCUGGUGUUGGUUCAUGUUUAUAUGUAUAAUGGCCGGAGUAAAUUUGAUUUAUCGUUUUGUGAUGAUAUACAAUCCUGCAUUUCGUAUGCAUUUGCUGUAUUCUCGAGCUCGAUUUAUGCCACUUUCAUGCAUUAGAAAUGUCAUAAGCGACUUGUCGUUUGGCGAUUGGUUUGUUCUUUUCAAAGUUAGCCGUAACGUAAAUCCAACCUUGUUUCGUGAUCUAAUGCAAGAUCUAUACGAGCAAUACAAUCCAAAGAAAUCAAUGGAUUUGGCUAUUUAA